GUACCGAAGCCUUAUAUAGUACAUGUGCCUAAAACAGUGCCGGUGCCCAAACCAUACCCGGUGCCGGUGCCCGUCAAAGUACCGAAGCCAGUGGUGGUGCCGGUUGUAAAGCACGUCCCGUAUCCCGUCCCGAAACCGGUUCACAAAAUCAUUCCAGUGAUCAAAGAAGUACCAUAUAUUGUGAAGAAACACGUCCCAGUUUUAGUCGAACAUCACUACAAAGAAGUUAAGAUCCCAAUGAAACACGGAUAUGGAUACUAA